AUGUACCACCACGGCUUGCCUGCACUCUCCACAAAUGUUCCCUUCUUGCCCGGAUCACGAGAAAAUAAGUAUAAUCAGACGCCGACCUCGUCUAAGGAUUGCUUUGUGUCUUUUUGCAACCAGCGUGACGAGAUCCCACCUAGAUUUUGGCCAUGGCCUCGUAAUCAGGAGAGUCAAGUCCGGCACUUGGGAAAGCAGUUACUGGAACCAAAUUGCGCCUCUGAAGUUUCGCAUCACCAUCGACACGAAAGGUGUUCUGAUCCAAACAGCUAUCACCAGGAACCUCAUCUUAACCAGCGGCUUACUCCGUACCUCAAAACCCAGACUCGCCUCGAAAACGUUCCUGGUCUUCUUUACUCUUUUCAGUCAGAAGAUGGACAGAUUUCGCCCGUUGCGUCUUCAUCCAAAAUAUUUUCUUAUCAAGGCGACUUAUUGGCAUGUCGCUUUGGAUCAUCGUCGGUGAGCAGCAGCAAUUUAGUUCAUGCUAACAAAGAGAAUCUUCGACUUAUUCGACAGGCAAUUAACAUGAGGAAUUCCAUACAACCCGAGACCGAAAGACUAAAAAACGCCAAGUCACCUGACUCAUUCAUUGAUGAACUUACGAAAACGUGGUCUCCAUCGCCUAAGGCGCGGACACCGUCACCCAUCGCAUCCCAUCUUGGUGAGGUUAUUCCCAGGAAAAAUGGAGUCACUAAAUCUGCAGCCAUGCAAACUGAAAAUACCCCCUUCUCCUUGCAAAAUCGGUCCCUCGGGUAUGAUUCCAAAUGUCUCUCGCCCGUCUAUUUAUCAUCUAACUUGAGUGGCAUUCACGUCGAGACAGGUGACCCUCUGGUUCAAACCUCAAAGAAAAAUGAGCAACUUCUCUUCAAAAACUUGCACAUCUCCAUCCGCAAUGAAGAUUAG